GAAACGAACUUCACAACUAAUUACUGCCCACCUUGCAAGCUCAUCAUAAAGCUUUUCUUCACUUCUUUUUUGUGAUAUACACAUUACCUUCACAAUGGCUGUUGGCGGCGUGAUCCUGAGAUUUGGCUCAACGCUCAUCUAUGCGCUCGCAUUCUGCUGCGCUGGACUCAUCCUCGGAAUCUACUCGUACUUCCUGGCUGUCCAGGCUGACCGCGAUGUCACCAUCCCACGCUGGCAGCAGGCCGUCGAGGGUAUUUCGGGCGCCGUUGUCCUCUACACCAUCUUCGCUGUCCUGUUGACAUGCUGCCUCGGCGGAAAGAAGUUCUUCGCUCUUCUCGGCAUACUUCUUGACCUCCUCUGCUGCGGUGGUAUGAUUGCCAUUGCAGUCCUUACCCGCGACGGUGCAUCCUCAUGCUCCGGAUACGUCAACACUCCUCUCGGCAACGGAGACGAGAACUCCAAGGACGGCUUCGACAACCAGAUCACCUACUCCGCCUCGCUCGGAUCCAUCUGCAAGCUCAACACCGCCUGCUUCGCCGUCUCCAUUGUCGGAGCCUUCCUUUUCCUGAUCUCCAUCCCCUUCCAGCUCUUCAUGACCAAGCACCACAAGAAGGAGAAGCGCUACGGUCCUGGCCCCUCCAACGGCUACACCAAGGGCUCCGGCAUGAAGUUCUGGCAGCGCAACCAGCGCAACCGCGGUCUCCAAGACCCCGAAGUUGCCGCUACCCCUGUCGCCGCUGGUGGUCUUGCUGUCCCUGCUCAUGACGUUCGCCCCAGCCACGACACUGCCUACACCGGCUCUACUGUCGGCGUGCCCCAUGCCAACUGUGUUGAUGACCACCACAAGACGGGCACCUUGAACGGUGGAUACCACACCGCGCCUACUGGUACUUACCAGACUCCUGCUACCAACUACUAAGCUAUUCGACCUUGAUGGCUGCCAUUGGCUCAUCCGCCGCGAUUGAGCAUGGCUUGGUAGACGAUGAAACUGGAUACGAAUGACAAUGCCUCAGUGAGGUAUCUUUUACUGGAGGCUAUUUACGAAUUACGCAUUAUACCACGUUAUCAGACGGAAUGGAUGAGAGUGGUGCCAUGGAAACAGAUUGUUGUAUGAUACGCUAGUUAUGAACCUAAUACCUAAUACGAGAAUAUAUACUUCAAAUGAAUUUUUUUAUUU